AUGUUUGCUCUCUCCGAAGAAUCCAAGGAGCGCAUUGCCAAGCUCAUUGAUGUCUCUCGCGUCGCCAUCCACUAUGGCUACCUGCCUCUAAUUCUUUAUCUCGCGCGCAACCAGCACUAUAUGCCCGAAACCAACCAUGCGGGCCUCUCUCCCGCCAUCGUCGAGUCGAUAGCCGGCCUCAGCGCCGGCACGGUGGCGACGAUGGUCGUGCACCCGCUCGACAUCGUCAAGACCCGGAUGCAGAUAUACCGCAGCGGUAGCAGCCACGGCGGUAGUCCCACGAUGCCGUCAACCCGUCCCACGACCGUCGCCCUGCUCCGCUCCCUCAGCACGCACGAACGGCCGCUCGCCUCGCUCUAUCGCGGCCUCACGGCCAACCUCGUCGGAAACGCCUCGAGCUGGGCCUCCUUCUUCUUCUUCAAGUCACGGAUCGAGACUGUGCUGGCGAAGAACCGGCAGCCGUCGGCGGGAGACUUUUUCGUCUCCUCGGCGCUCGCGGGGGCCACGACAUCGGCCCUCACCAACCCCAUCUGGGUCCUCAAGACGCGGAUGCUCUCCUCGGACCGCGGCGACAGAGGCGCUUACCCGUCCAUGCUCGCCGGCGCGCGCUCCAUCUACGCCACCGAGGGCCUACGCGGCUUCUACCGCGGCCUCGGCGUCUCCAUGCUCGGCGUCUCCCACGGUGCCGUCCAGUUUGCCGUCUACGAGCCCUCGAAGCGCAUGUACUUUGCUCGCCGCCGCACCGCCCACUCCGACCCCGACGUCAAUCUGCGCAUGACGACGGAAGCGACCGUCCUCCUUUCGAGCGUCGCCAAGCUCGUGGCCGGGGCCGUCACCUACCCCUACCAGGUGCUGCGGAGCCGUCUGCAAAACUAUCAGGCAGACGAGCGCUUCGGACGCGGCUUCGUCGGUGUGGUUACGCGAAUCUGGCGCGAGGAGGGUCCCACGGGCUUCUAUCGGGGCCUCGUGCCGGGCGUCAUAAGGGUCAUGCCAGCGACGUGGAUCACCUUUUUGGUCUACGAGAAUGUCAAGUAUUACCUGCCACGCUGGGUCGCUUGA